GGAAAAAAGAAGACUACAAUUUUUCGGACAUGUCUCUCAUGCGGUUCCUGACGUUUGCGUUUUUGGCAUUGCUGACCCUUACACAUUACGGAGUCAACGGGAAUGCGAUGGACAGAGAGAUUCAAGCGAUGAUUGAUAUGUUAAGAGCUGACAUACUGGGUAUAACUAAAAAGCUUAUGGCGCAGCAGCUGUACGCGGAAGAAAAAACUCGUACGGACGGCGGGUCUGGCAUCAAGCAGAUCCGGGUGGACGUCCAGGGUUCGGAGACCUUCUACGCCAACAGCCACACCGGCACCAACAUCGCCGGCAUGCACGACCAAUACCUCAAGAGGAAUGUCAUGGCGUUUCGUCCUGCUCAGUAUGUUUUGAAUGGAGUUGAAUUCCGGACCAACACCACGUACUUCAGUCUGAUGAUGCCCAUCAGCACCAAGCUGCCCUACAAGGGUCUGCGUGAGAUUUUGUUCCCUCCAGUCCCGCCCGAGGUGCUCAAUAAGGAAACGGUUCAUGAACAGAUCCACGAGAUGCGUGAGUGGUUCAAGGCGUGGAAGACCCAGGACUUCUCCACCAGGGACUACCGGCGCUACUUCAAGCCCGUCCUCUGCUACCUGGAGGGGAUGUGGGAGGCCAGUAAAUCGAAGGAUGAAUUCGAGACCUGGUUCCAGGAUCUGGAGAAGAUUCGAUUUUACACCUACACUGGCUUAUACUACGACCUAAUGUACUUGCCCACGACCAUCACUAGCAUCAACAAGGAGACCGGGAUGCCCGUGUUUGCACGCUUCAACUACAGGGUCGUCUGUCAUCCGCUGACCGUGGACGUGCCGACCUCGUACCUCAAGUACGUCAACGAGCUGCAAGUCAGGAUUCCCAGGUCUUACACGAUCGAAGAGGCCGAGGCACAAUAUAAUGCAAGGUUUACGGUAACCGAUCCAGAAGACUAUGAUUUCAACUUGUGGAGUACGCUGGAGACGCUGAUGGAGGAGAUCCCAGGACUGGACAACUACGGCGUCAACAUCACCGACACCAGCUUCGACGAAACGCUCUACUCCGCCAGCCACCGUGAGGCGAACCUGCUGAACGUGGGCUACUACCACCGCCGGUACAGACCCUCGGUCACCGACACGGCCACCCAUCGCUGCUUCAGCGACCCCACGGUGUUCGUGGCGGAGACGACAAGCGAAGAAGUUGCCCCGAUUACGUUCAGCAUCUGCAAGGAAGAGAACUGCACGGAGAUUGUGAAACGCGUGAGCUAUGCCGUGCCGUUGUCCAUCGUUUACCUGACACCGCUGUCACUGUGGAACCCGUACAACAUCGGCGCCGGCGACGAACAUGACUCCAGGAACAACAGAUACAAAGUCAGCAGCACCGACUCUACGGACGAUAACUACGCUCGCACCCCUGUUGAAUUCUUCUCAGGAGGCAACCCAGCUGACUACCCGGAUCCCGUGAUCGUCGCAUUGGACAGUUCUGAGCAUGUGCGAAACGUCACGGCGUCGGGGAUCAGGAUGAUUCUACCCAACAUCUCAGGUGUGGGUAAACUGCGAACCGUGUACCCUAUCGUCCCAGUGCAUUAUGAAAGUAGCAGCGUGGGCAAGGAGAUGAGCGCCCUCAAGACAGUCGUCAUGCAGAUGUACUCAUACAGCAACUUACUACUUCAACAUCCUUAGCUACAUAAUACAUCACCUGGUGACUUUCACACAGAAACUCACCAAAUGUAGCACUUUAGUUCACAUAGUACCUCACGAGGUGUAGCACUUUCACACAGUACCUCAUCAUCAUGUAGCAAUUUAGCUCACACAGUACCUUAUCAGAUGUAGCACUUUCACACAGUACCUGAUCAGAUGUAGCACUUUAGUUCACACAGUACCUCACUAGGUGUAGCACUUUCACACAGUACCCCACCAGAUGUAGCACUUUCACACAGUACCUCACUAGGUGUAGCACUUUCACACAGUACCUCACUAGGUGUAGCACUUUCACACAGUACCCCACCAGAUGUAGCACUUUCACACAGUACCCCACCAGAUGUAGCACUUUCACACAGUACCUCACUAGGUGUAGCACUUUCACACAGUACCCCACUAGAUGUAGCACUUUCACACAGUACCCCACCAGAUGUAGCACUUUCACACAGUACCUCACUAGGUGUAGCACUUUCACACAGUACCCCACUAGAUGUAGCACUUUCACACAAUACCUCACUAGGUGUAGCACUUUCACACAGUACCCCACCAGAUGUAGCACUUUCACACAGUACCCCACUAGAUGUAGCACUUUCCCACAAUACCUCACUAGGUGUAGCACUUUCACACAGUACCCCACCAGAAGUAGCACUGUAGCUCAUAAAGUACUUCACCAGAAAUAUUCAAUCUACAAGAAAGAAUCGAAUGAACAUUUCUCCUCAACCUAACGAACAAUGUUUUCUUUUUUAAAAAAUGGUUCAAUUUCUCCAAUUUAUAAUUUAGGCUUACUACUUUUUUUAUUCCCAGUUUCUACAAAUAAAUAUUUUUUUUUACGCACCCUAAAUGUUUUCUUCUAAAGGAAAAGUGUGGAUUAUAAAUUAAUUUUCCAACAAUAAACGUUCAUUUAAC